GGGCUUCUCUCCAACAAUAAUGGCCCUGGCUGUUGCCAUCUGCUGAGCCCCGCCAGGCCCCAGCAGGGGAGGCGGGGGAGGAACCAACUUUCUCCAUUCUGGCCUGGGACCCUCACCACUUCCCUCCGGUUUCCUUCCAUUUCCAGCCCUGUCUGCACACAACUGUAGCCACUGACCACCAGCCUGGCCAUGUCUGGCAGAUCUGUCUGACAACUAUGCCUGCCACCCCCACAGGCUCAGAGAGGGGGAAAGGAAGGUGGGAAGAGAAGCAGGGGCCAAGGAAGAGGGGAGAGGAGGGCUUGGAGAGGAAGAGAGAGAGACUGGACAAACAUGAGGGCAGGAAUCAGGGGGUUGUGGACAGACAUGAAACCACUCUCAAACCAUGGGGCAGCUCCUAGAAAAAUAUUGUCUUCCUGCCCUCUGUCUGGUUUAGGGCUGGGGAGUUAGAUGUUUGUCAUUUCUGUGGAACAUGGAGCCAGAAGGCUGGGGACACCCUCUCUGCCUCUCUGAAGCAGCUUAGGGAGAGCCCAGGUACCCUAAGUGAAAGGUUAUUUCUCCCCUCAGGGCCCAGUCUGUUUCUCUGGGGAGAGGGUGUGACUCUACUUAUGCCUAUGGGGCUAAUUGUUAAUCAGUGUCUAUUGCUAAUUGUUAAUCAGUGUCUAUAGCUUCUGGAGGGGACAGGCCUCUGGGUAGUUUGGGGUGAGGUGGGCAGCCUGGACUGGAUUUUCUCUCUUCAGAGAGAGAAUCACUAGCCUUCAAAUCGUCCUCUGGCACUGGGUGCUGCUGUAGGGGCAGUGAGUGACCCCCACCCCACCCCAUUUACUGCCCAACAAAAACGAGAGUCCUUCCUGGUCCCUUGGAGGUACAUGACAGACCACCUCCUCAGCACGCCCACCCGCUUCCUCCUCAGCUAGUGGAGGAUGUAGCGCUCUUUGAGGCUUCCGCCUCUGAGGAGUACCUUCUGGCUGGGACAAUGGGAUUCACUCAGGAUGCAAGUCUGUUCCUGGCUGUUUCUCUUCCUAUUCCCAACUGUGCCUCAGUUUUCCAAAGUGCUGGAUUUAGAAAGGGUGACUCAUGAGGAGGCUACAGGGCUGUGCCUCUACGCCCUCUUCACACACACACCGCCGGCCACACAUGCCUUCCAAGUCAGAGUUGUGGGUGGUGUAGCGCUUGUGUGUCUGUGGCCAGGUUUGUAUGUGUCAGAGGUGGGAAGCCCACCAUGCAGGUCACAGAACGGUUAAGUUGGAGGGAUCCCAACAGGAAAUGCGGUUGGGGGGCUGGGGAGGGGGACAGAGGCAGUGUUGAAGUAAAAGAAAAGGAGGGGGUCUGAAGGAAGAAGGUGGCAUUGAAAGGAGGGCGCUGGAAAAAUAGGCGCAGUGUGAAGGAAGUGGAGUGGGCGGGGUUUGGGAAGGAUAACGGAACAUCUGAGAUGGAGUGUGGAUAGGGGACGUCCGGGCCUGUCUGAGCAGAGGGUUUGUGGACGCGAGAGUCCCGAGACGCAUUCUGUAUCAGUGUACCAGAGGGAGAGAGCUAUCAACCAGGCAAAGCUGAGAACACCAUCGCCAUGACAACCAGUCACCAGCCUCAGGACAGAUACAAAGCUGUCUGGCUUAUCUUCUUCAUGCUGGGUCUGGGGACGCUGCUCCCUUGGAAUUUUUUCAUGACGGCCACUCAGUAUUUCACAAACCGCCUGGACAUGUCCCAGAAUGUGUCCUUGGUCACUGCCAGACUGAGCAAAGACAUCCAGGCCUCGGCUGCCCCCACAACAGCCUCGCCAGCCCGGAACUCCCUCAGUGCCCUCUUCAACAAUGUCAUGACCAUAUGUGCCAUGCUGCCCCUGCUGCUCUUCACCUGCCUCAACUCCUUCCUACAUCAGAGGAUCCCCCAGUCGGUGCGGAUCCUGGGCAGCCUGGUGGCCAUCCUGCUGGUGUUCCUGAUCACUGCCAUCCUGGUGAAGGUGCAGAUGGAUGCGCUGCCAUUCUUCAUCGUCACCAUGGUCAAGAUCAUGCUCAUUAACUCAUUUGGUGCCAUCCUGCAGGGCAGCCUGUUCGGACUGGCUGGCCUCCUGCCUGCCAGCUACACGGCCCCCAUCAUGAGUGGCCAGGGCCUAGCAGGCUUCUUCGCCUCGGUGGCCAUGAUCUGCGCCAUUGCCAGUGGCUCGGAGCUGUCAGAAAGUGCCUUCGGCUACUUUAUCACAGCCUGUGUCGUUAUCAUUUUGACCAUCAUCUGUUACCUGGGCCUGCCCCGGCUGGAAUUCUACCGCUACUACCAGCAGCUCAAGCUCGAAGGGCCUGGGGAGCAGGAAACCAAGCUGGACCUCAUUAGCAAAGGUUCUUCCACAACCUGCCACCCCCCGGGAGAGGAGCCAAGAACAGGCAAAGAGGAGUCCGGGGUUUCAGCCUCCAACACUGGGCCCACCAACAAUAGCCACUGUAUCAGAGCCAUCCUCAAAAAUAUCUCAGUCCUGGCCUUCUCUGUCUGCUUCAUCUUCACUAUCACCAUUGGGAUGUUUCCCGCUGUGACUGUUGAGGUCAAGUCCAGCAUCGCGGGCACCAGCGCCUGGGAAAACUACUUCAUUCCUGUGUCCUGCUUCUUGACUUUCAAUAUCUUUGACUGGCUGGGCCGGAGCCUCACCACUGUAUUCAUGUGGCCUGGGAAGGACAGCCGUUGGCUGCCAGGCCUGGUGCUGGCCCGGGUGGUGUUCGUGCCCCUGCUGCUGCUGUGCAACGUCCAGCCCCGCCACUACCUCGCUGUGGUCUUUGAGCACGACGCCUGGUUCAUCUUUUUCAUGGCCGCCUUUGCCUUCUCCAAUGGCUACCUCGCCAGCCUCUGCAUGUGCUUUGGGCCCAAGAAAGUGAAGCCAGCUGAGGCAGAGACAGCAGGAACUAUCAUGGCCUUCUUUCUCUGUUUGGGCCUGGCGCUGGGGGCUGUCGUCUCCUUCUUGUUCCGGAAGAUUGUGUGACCAGGGAUGGACAGAAGGACUGCACUGCCUGCCUGCCUCCUCCCCCUUCUUUCUCCUGCCGCGCAUGGGCAGGGGUGGUCUGGAGGUUUUCUUUCUCAUGGCCUGUGCUGGGCCUGGAUGUCCAGGCCCUGGAGAGGCAGCCUCUGCGGAUGGACAGUGGGGACAUUGUAGGCUCGAGGGUCAGAGUCAAGGGAGGGGCACAGUGCAUCUGCUUGGGUUUCUCCACACUUGGCUCUGAUCCCUGCUUGAGCGGGGCAGCAGAGGUUCUUGGGCUGAGAGAGACAGAGAGAGUGAGUGAGUGAGUGUGUGUGUGUGUGUGUGUGUGUCUGUCUGUCUGUCUGUCUGCUGCUUGUACCAGGGGUGACUAGGGGUCAGGACUGACCGUUGUGUGGUCUGAUCUGGUGUUUCCCCUCUCCCCUUUCUCCCCACGUGCCUCCUUCCCCCACCCCCUCCCUACCCCCGUUCUCUUCAUGUGCCCCUCCCAGCUCCCCCUGCCCAGUUCCUACCCAUCAUGCACCCUGUACAGUUGCUAUUUUACUGCCUUUUUUUUAUAUUUGACAGAAACCAGGUGCCUUCAGAGGCUCUCUAAUUAAAUGCUUUUUUUUUUC